AUGCCCUGGCAAAGCACGCAACAAGAAAGUAAGUCUCCCUGUGUGUGUCGCGUCUCUAUCAUCUUCUGUCACGUCUCUAUCAUCUUCUUUCGCUGUCAUACCACAGCACGAAGAACAACGCAGAAAGUGAGUGUCUAUCAUGGCCACCAUGGCAGGCAAGGGCACACGAGACUAUGCAAGGCAUGUGCUGGACCGGGUCUUCGACAUCGAGGCGGAGCAAUCCUUUCGCAAGGAGAUUCUGUCCGACUUUCACCUCAACAACUAUCUUUUCUGUCUGGAGAGCGGCUUCAGCGACCGCAAACAGUCGGCCCUCUGCUCGUUGAUGGCGCAUCUCUUUUGGCAGGCAGUCAGGACCGCCUGGUCUGUGGGUGUCUCCUCGACCCAGGACGUCAAGGACGUCACCAACUACGUGCUGGACACUUUCUUCCGGCACUUCAAGCUGUAUCAGUAUGUGUAUGUGACAAGGGAGGAGGUGCGUGUGGUGCCUGCGAGGAGCCUUAUGCCCGCAAUGCCGUCUGUGGUGGCGUUUGAGGAGAAGCAAUCAAUGAAAUGGCUCGCUCCGUCUGAUUGCGUGGCCCUCUCUCUGUACUGUAUGGCCUCCCGUCUUCACUCUGUCCAAACGACCAGCGGCCGAGACGCAGGUUCCCAAUGUGGAGGACUUCCCGACAGACGUGCCGGCACCAGCAGUUGACAAGAGAGUGAGCAGACACUCGUGGAUGCAGUCAGGUGGUGUCUCUGCCUUGUGCAUGUGGCCGCCCGUCUGUGUGUGGCUGCAGGAGAGCGGCCUGAGUGCAUCUGAGAGCGUGGAGGCUUCCCUGCAGGCGUGGCAGGCCAAACUGGUGGCAGAUUUCGAGAGCAGGCUGGAGAAACAGGAUGCCGAGUUUCAGAGGAGGAUCGAUGCAGUGCAGGCUGCCAAGGGGGCAAGAAAUGAGACAGACCUACAUCUGUAAGUGCCACUGGAUGGAUAGAUGGAUGGAUGGACGAUGAUUGGGUGGAAGCAUGCCAUCC